CAUGUCAGGCGUUUCGUCUCCAGGGAAAUACUAACAAAUAUGGCGGACAAGUCAGACGUGCGUUAGGGAGAGGUAUACGCAGAUAAAAAUGGAAGAAUGUGACGGGCCGUGUGCUGUGGUGUUGGACAGCUGUGGACAGCUGGAUGUCCCCCUCAGCUCUGAGCUUCAUUCAGAUGGGUCGGUCCAAGAAUCUUCCUUUUCUUCAGAUUUGGACUGGUUGGAAGAGUUGUCAGAAGAGGAUGACGCCGAUGGUGACCUUGCGUUUGUGGCCGAUUCUGGUAAGAAGAGGAGUUGUGCCGAGACUGCACGGAUGUUCAAGCUGAGGCGAAAUCUGGAUGAGCUGGACGCAUUUCACCGACAGAAGGAGGAUGACGUGCUGCAAGCCAGAGAAGCCCUGAGUCUUUGUCAACAGACUGUUAAAAGUUUGCUGGAGCAGAGGGAAAACUUGGAAAAAGAAAUAAAGCAGCAGAAAGCUACAGACAACAGCGUGGCAGUUUUCCGCUUACAAGUCCAACAUAAGCUUCUGAGUCAAAAGCUUCAGAGUGAGGAAGAGCUGGAAGGACACGUCAGCACUGAGCUACAGGAUUUGGAAUUGGAACUGAGUAGAGUGGAGGUGGAGCUUGGCAGGUUCUCCUCACUUCGCAACGAGUUGCAGGCAGAAGAACAGGUCUUCCGUGUCGUGAAAGCCCAGAAGGCAGUGACAAGUAAACAAGCAGCCAUGAUGCAGGAGCAGGAGAAUCAGAAGAAAAGUGAAGAUGGUCAAGAAAAUCAAAGUACUCCUUCUAAGGAGAGCUUGGAGAGUAAACAGUCCAACAUCAGCAAAAAGAAAGGUGAAGAUGCUCAUGGAAAUAAGACUACGCACAAAGGUUCUAAGUACCUGAAGGAGACGUUUGAAAGGGUACACAAGCAAGAGGUUGAACAUGAGGAACAGAACAAGCAUUUGUACGAGAAGAGGAUGCAGGCUGUCAAUUCACUGAAAUCUAACAUAGCAGCCACACAAGAGGGCUUACGGGCCCAACAGAGUAAAGCUAAAGCUUUAGCUCUGAAGAAAGAGGAGGAAGAAAAACAACUGAAAGAAUCAAUGCAAAAUCAGGACAUCGGUUCAGUCAAAUAUCUCUACCAGCUCCAGCACUUAGAUGAGUUGAAACGAAAACGAGAGGAAUUCGAAGAAAAACUGAAAAGAAAGAAGGAGGCGAUUGUGGCGAAAACACUUCAGGAGGAAAAACAUGGAAAGAGUACCAUGAAGGACCAGACGAAACCGGCCAAACCCUCAACCACUGAAAAUAUGGCCUCUCUUGCGAAGGCAAAAGAGGAUCUGCAGAUCCUCCUGGGCCCCAGACCUACUUCACCAACAGAGCGGGGGACGACAGCCUUUGGACUCCUCCAUGACCUCAGCAGCUCCUCAUCAGCCUCCUCUGAUGAUGAGGAUCAGGAGGGACCCACAGAUGUGGAAAUGGACCAGCAGGGGCCUUCCGAAAGCCUGGCCGAGCCUGAAUUCUCUGGCCUGUGGGAACAGCAGUAUAAGCCAGAGAAACCUCCAAAAGAGAAGCCUGCACCAAAGGAGAAGCCCAUAAAGACUCGAAUAAAACUGGACAAACCUAGAAAAGCGGUGAAAAGGUCACCAUUUGUGAGCAAACCAGAGGUCGUCAUCUUCAAGGACUUUGAUAUUGGAAAAACAUAUAAGAGGAAAAUCAUCCUGACGAACACCAGCGGCACCACGAACCACCUCAGGCUUCUUGGUGUCACCAAAAAACUGGAAGAUUUCAUCUGCAUCAACUUCGAUCCUCCUGGUUCUGUUCCUGCUGGGAUGAGCUGUGAAAUGCAGGCUGUUUUUCAACCUCUGAUUAACGAGGACCUUGAAGGUGAAGUCAACUUCAUAUCCUCAGGAGGUUCCUUUAAUUUGCCCAUCAGGUGCAACACCAAAAAAUGUGAAAUGGAGGUUGAGAGCGAGGACGUUGACUUUGGUCCCCAGGUGCUGGGCCAGGUUAUUUCACGGACUAUCACCUUGACCAACAAAGGUGCACUGAGUACUCACUACAGCCUGGAAAUCAGAUGUCCCACUCCUAAAGUGCCAUCGCCUGUCUCUGCACAGGCAUGCCAGGAGACAGGCAGCCAAAAUGCAUCUGCUGGUUCUGUGUGCGAUGAGGCUGCAGAAGAACAACCGCAGGAACAGGAACAGAAUCAGGAGCAGAACCAGCAAGCAGGUGAAGCAUCAGAGGAAUCACAUCCACAAAAUCCAGAAGAGAUUCCUGACACUGGUGUCUCCACUGAAAUGGAAGCAGAAGUAGAAGAAAGUGCCCCAGAAAUCUAUGACAUCAAUCUGGGAGAGAUUAGAGAAGGGGACAUUGCACCAUUCGAAAGCACCACAUUUGAGGUCAUUUUCACUCCAACUGUUCCAGGAGAGGCGAAACUGGACUUCAACAUCAAUUUCACCAACCCAAUGGCUAAGACUAUUUUCAUGCAUGCCCAUGGUGUUGCAGUCAGCAUCCCUGUGUCGCUGGUCCAGCCCAACAUUGAUCUGAAGAUCUGUAUGUUCGACUGCCUUUACCAGGACACUGUCACUAUCCAGAGCAGUGCCACCGUUACACUGAAGGUGACUUUUGAGGUGUGCCAGGAAAUGAGGAAACACAUGGAGAUCUUCCCAAAGAACGGCUUCAUCCAGGCUCAAUCGACCUUGAAUGCUCAGCUCAAGUUCCAGCCCAGACACACCUUAGCCAAAGACGCCGGGGCAUAUUUUGACAGUGAGACAGGAGUCCUGCAGGUUCCAGCCUUGUUGCAUGUAUCCGGCCAGGUGCAGCCCAUCCCGUUUGCAGUUCAUGCAGUAGUGACCUGCUCCGAUCUUAAGUUCGAUCGUGCCGAGGUGGAUUUUGGCUACUGUUCCAUUUAUCAGUCAAUCAAGAACACAGUUCGUCUGACCAACCUGUCCCUGCUGCCUCAGGAUUUUGGCUUCUUGAAUGUUCCAAAGUAUGUUGAGAUCCAACCCAAUGAUGGUUUUGGAACUUUACUCCCACAAGAAACGUUGGAGAUUAGUCUGAUGCUGAGCGCCGUCAAAGCUAUAGACUACAAGUUCUCCCUCCACUGCAAAUCUGGAAUGAACAGAGAUUUCCUGCUGUCCUGCCGUGGAGUGGGUGUCCGUCCUCCCUUGGAGCUCUCACACACUCUGGUGAACUUUGGAGCCACAGCAAUAGGAGAUCACUCCACUGCUGUCAUUAUACUGACAAACCACCAGAGCAGCCGUUUUAGGCCAAAACCUCCAGACGCAGCAGGGGUCAAGGAUGGCCAAAGUCCUCCCAGACUCUUCUCCUUCCUCCUGCCCAACAAUUCAGACAUCACCCUCACACCUGCCACAGGACGCCUGCUCCCCGGCGAGAAAUGCCUGAUUCAGGUGACGUUUAAGCCUACGUUUUUGGAUCGAGAGAUCAAGGAAGAAGGACUGCGUCUCCUUCAGGAAGCCGCUCUGCUCAAGCAGUUGGAGGAGAUGCAGCUGAACGCGGAACAGGAACAGGAUCCUAAAAAGGAAGUCCUACCAGAACCUGUGAAGGAGAAAAAGGAGAAAAAAGCCAAAUCCCAAAAGAUGGACACAUCAGGGGACCAGGGAACAGAUAAGGUCUCUGAAUCUCCAACCAUUGACGACGUAGUGGAAGGGUCGGAGCUGUAUGAGCAGGCCAAGACGUCUCUGCUCCACACCUUCGCUCCGCGAUACAAGGAGUACACCAUACCGUGUUUUAUAUCAGACGGAGAUCCUCCUGAGGACAACAGACAAGCCCAGCCAGCGUGGAGCCCCUUUAACACACUCUACCUGCAGCUGCAGUGUCCUGCCGUCAGGCCUUGUCUCCAGGUGGUCUCAGACAACGAACUGACCAUCAUAGACUUCCAUCAGGUGUCUAUAGGAGACAAAGUGAUAAAGGAGUUCACAGUUCAGAACAUUUCAGAUGAGUCUUUUCAGCUGAAGUCAUCAGUUCUGGACAUAUUUGGUCCAUUUUCCAUCCUCAACGCACUUAGGAUCAUAAAACCUGGGGAUCAGCACACUCUGCUACUGGCCUUCUAUCCAUCGGUGGACAAAAAGUUCUGUGAGGUUCUAGAGAUACAAACCCCUACAAUGAAUCUAGAGGUAACGUUGCGUGGGGAGGGUGUGAUCCCUGAUGUCACAUCGUCCCACCCCGGAGGACUGCUGGACUUUGGCUAUGUGCUGGAGAAAGAGAGCACCUUACGAGUCAUAGAGUUACAUAACAGCUCACCAGUGGCAGUGGGUUUCAGAGCUUUGCUAGCCAGUCUGUGUCGGUCCAAACCUAAAGGUGGAAUCGAACAUUUGAACAUCUUGUUAGGAGACUACACAGACCCUGAGCUGCAGCCUGUUGUAGGAACCCAGAACUACAGUGGGGCGAAUGUGUUCAGUGUGGUGCCAGCAGAGGGCGUCAUUGGUCCAGGACAGAGCCUGAACAUUACCAUCGUUUUCCAGCCGGACCACCCAUCUGUCUACUACUCUGACAAACUCACCAUAGAGAUCAUGAACAAGAAAAAUCUGUGUAUAAUAGAUUUGAAGGGUGCAGCCUCUUCACACAACAUGUAUCUGUAUGGAGGAGACAUGCUGACGGUGCCCAUCGAAUCGCUGCUUCCUCCUCUGACUGACUAUCAAACUCCACCCUCAGAGGAAAAUGACAUCACCACCCCUGUGCUUGUGACUCUGCGGGCCAGCAUCAGUGAGGGUGUCAUUACACCUGCAGUGAGGGAGCUGAAGGUGGGCUGUAUCCGCUCUACACAGUCCAAAAAGAGUGGUGAGUUUUACUGGGAUGAUGUGUUGCCCAUUCAGCAGCAGGGCUUCACUGUUGAGCCCCUCAAAAGCAAUGUGGAACCAGGCAAAGAAGUAACCAUUACCAUCACGUGGAGUCCUCAAAGUGGAUACAAGCCGUAUGAGGUUGUGCAGGCUCGUGUGCUUCUGACUGUCAGAGGGGAUCAGAACAAUGUGUACAGCGUCAACCUGAUGGCUCUGGUCUCCUACUCCUCUCCGUCCAGCUCCCCGCCUUCUCCUGCCACCUCUGUUGUACCUAUGUGAUGAUGGACGGUAGCUGUAUCUGGUCACAUACACACACGCACACACUCACUGUAGGGUUUUUUGAUCAACAGUACAUAAAAACUAUUUAUACAAAUAAGCAGUUGUUGGCAGAUUAUUUUCUAUCCACGUUCUGAUGGUUUUGGAUCAGCUAUAAACCCAGAGAAUCCUCUGUGAAACCUCUUCAACCUGUUUUUAACUUGAGCACGUGACUGAGGAACCUAAUUCUGCCACUGGGGGGUGCAAGCAGCACUAAAUUGUUUCUUUUCAGCUGAUCUUUAAUCAUUAAGUUUGUACAGUUUACACAGUGAGGUUGAUUCUAAAGGGAUUUUAAAGACAGGACUAAGGUUGUGCCAUUAAAAAAAGUCAUAAAAAGCUCGUAAAAGUCACUAAGGAGAGUGCCGAUCUCUAGUAAUUGUGCAAAACUGAGGAAAUAAUAAAAUUUAAAAAAAAUAAAAAUAUUUUAAAGUAUAUAGAAAUAAAAUAAUUAAAGGUUAGUAAACAAAGUACUCCUGAAUAUUGUCAAUACAUGUUCUAUUGAAUAUGUUGACUUAAUCUGCAAUGCUAAAAUGCGAAGCAAAGAAGCAGAGGAAAAUUGAUGCAACCCCAACAAACAAGUAUACAGUAUGCAAUCACGAAUGUUAACCACAUGAUGGUAUGCCCGGCCAGGCGGAUGCAAAUGUCAGUAACCUGAAAUAGAUGAUCACCUCCUGUUGUGGAGGUAGAAACAUGGGAUGCAUUAAUGAAUUCUUCCAAAUUAUUAGGCGUACAGAGGGUAAAACUAUUGUGCGAAUAAGACAUUUGUCAUGGGUGUGGUGACCCUAAUGUGACCUUACGGCUAAUAUACAACAUAAAUACUGUAGCUAUGCAUAGCUACCUUAAUUUAGGGCGAUGGUUGCAGGAUGACUGCAGAAAAUCAGGAUCAACAUCAGGAUUUGUGUUUGGAGUUCUAGGUAGUAAUUGAUAGAAUAUGAUGGUUUGUAAUGUACACUACCACGUGGAUAGAAAGAUGAGAAAAUAGAAAUAAAUGGGAGGUUGAGGGAUAUUUAAAUGUUGAGGUAAAUUUAAACUUGCUAUGUCAACAAGGCAAAGAAGAAUAAUAGGCCGUCUGUGUAUGUUUGUGUCUGUCUGUCUGUGUACAACAGCAGAUGUCACUAAUGCUUCAAAGCGGACCAACGGGGUCAGGGCACUCUUCCAGAGAUACAUGCUGUAAGCAUUUAUCAGAGAUUGAAGGAGAUUAUGCUAAACCAGAUUACUGCACCCCAACCUGCCUAUUAAAACCAAGGUCAUUAUGAGCUUAGCCUUGUGUGAUGUCACCCGUUUUAUGAACAGUAUCAGAUCAUAGUCUGUGAUAUUAAUGUUGCCAAUUUGCAUCUUUUUCCACGGUAAUCUCCUCCUCUGAUCUCUGGUUAAUACUGUCAGAUAGUGCUACUUACUAGCCUGCCUCUUCCAACUGAUGAUGUCUCUGUGUGUCUUUGUCCCUGCUGUGCAUGAGGUGUUAGUUAACAUUGCUAACCGUGACUGGAGUAUAAAUAACUUUAUUUUUUUUUAUUGUCAACACAACACAUAUGUAGUCUUUUAGCUAUGUCGUUAGCUAAUGUUAAGAUGUGUUUAUCUUAACGUUUAACUGUAUGUUUAGUUUAACUGUUGAGUUCUUGUGGACUGCUUUUGUUAAGCCUUAAGCUGUAUUUUAACUAUUUCAGCUAUUAUCUGACACUUUGUUGGGGUGAUUAGUCUAACUACGUUGUCCUAAACUUGGUAAACUAUAUGUAAGCCUAACAUUUGUUUAGCGUUUACCGGUUUAGCGGUUUAGCGGUUUUUCCUAUACAUGUUUUUGUUACAUAUUGUACAUAGUAGUAGCAGUAAAUGAAGUAUUGACAAACAUUAUUAUUAAAAAUUAUUAAUUAUAAAUAAAAAUUAAAAAUUAAUUUUUCAUUUCAAUUUAUCAAUCAAAGUACAAUUAAUAGCAGUAGUAGUUCAAUUUUUUUCAUUAUGUUUUUUAACAAUUUUUGGCCAUCAUGUAGUUUUCCUCUUGGCUAACUUAUUAAAUUUGCCAACUUUAAUAUUUCCAAGAUAACACUCUGUUAUCAUGUAUCAAAUAAUAAAAUUAAAUUAGGAAGGAGAGAAAACUGAAAUGUUUUAAGAGUUUGUUGCCUCGCAGUGACUAUUAUUGUUAAUUGCUCCAGCACAUCAUUUUAAAAAAAUAAAAUCAUAAUUUAUUUUUAUUCACA